UCUGCCCUCUCACCAUGAACCGCCUUCCUCAGGCAUUGAGAGGCCUCUCUUCGAACCGCUGUCAUCCCGUACUCCUCUCCUUUCGGCUCUUGAGCACCACAGCCCCUCGGCGCCGGGAGCGUCGACUCCCGGCGACGUUCUAUCGCGGCGGAACGUCUAAGGCGCUUUUGAUCAAACGCGAUGACCUUCCUCCUCACGGCGCGCAACGCGACGCAAUUCUCCUCUCCGCAAUGGGCAGCCCAGAUCCGAACGGGAGGCAAUUGGACGGCAUGGGCGGUGGGUACUCUUCCGUCUCCAAGGUUGCCAUCAUCGGGAAGUCAGAGCAGGAAGGAUGUGAUGUCGACUACGAGUUUGCCCAAGUGCUCGUGGAGAAGGCUGGGGUGGACUACGGGAGCAACUGUGGGAACAUGCUUGCUGCAGUCGGCCCGUUCGCACUGGAGAACGGUCUCGUUGGCCCACACGACUCUGCGGGACUUAGUCUCGUACGGAUCUACAACACGAAUACGCGGAAAGUCAUCCACGCGCGCUUCCCCGUGUACCCUGGAACGAGUGAGGCCAACCUCGAGGGGGAUUUUGCCAUAGACGGUGUGAGCGGUACGCACGCGCGUAUCACUCUCAACUUCCUCAACCCGGAGGGGUCGCGGACAGGAAAGCUCUUCCCAACCGGCAAUGUCACCGACACCCUUGAGUUCGGGGAGAGCCUGCAGGCGACACUAAUGGACUGCGGUAACCCGUGUGUCUUUGUGUCCGCCGAAGGUUUCGGGAUCAAGCCCACGAUCCUGCCCGCCGAGUUCUCAACAGAUAUGCUGAAGAGGCUGGACGCACUCCGCAAUGCGGCGGCCGUGAAGAUGGGUCUCGUCAAGAGUCUAGAGGAGGCCGCGGCGAAGAAAGCCGUGCCGAAGGUGUGCAUCAUGUCCUCAAAGGCAACGCAUGUGGUGCUCUCCGGCGCGACCGUGACGGAGGAGCAGGUGGACGUUGUCGUGCGGUGUAUGAGCUCGGGGGAUCCGCACCGCGCGCUGCCAAUCACUGCGUCACUGUGCACUGCGGCCGCGGCGCACGUCCCGGGCACGGUCGUGCACUCGAUGCUGCGGGGAGAACGGGUAUCGGACGGCAUCGUCAUUGGACAUGCGUCGGGCACCAUCGCAGUCGAUGCGGAUGUUGUCAAGGGUGACGAUGGGGAGCUGCACGUCCCCACGGCGAGGGUGUUCCGGACUGCGCGCAAGCUGUUUGAGGGAAACGUGUUCUACCGCGCAUAGGAAGUGACAUGAGUACACUCCGGCCCGCUGGGAUUGUGGCGCCGCAUGCAUGGAGUUUGGAGGCGAACUGCGCCGUGGCCACGGCUCAAAAGAGCGUGAGAGGUGGUCAAGCCUUUGUCUGGACCCACAGCGACGCCACUCUGUGGUCUUGCAGUGCCGUCUUUCCGGGCCCAUAUCGCUACAGAUGCACUCCUUGC